CCUAAUUCUCCGCUGGUGACCCAUCUCCAUCCUUCAGUAGUAUCUCUGGCCCUCCCCACAGCCCUGCCGUUGCUACUGAAGUUACCAUUAGCAACUGGGCAGCGCCCGGCGGAGCACCUUCAACCGCUGUUGAUGUUGUCCUGCUAAAUACAGUACAGUAAAAUCUCUUUAAUAUCCAGAAACAGUCAAGGACUUGACAGGCAAGUGAAUCGCAGGUUGCUGGGAUGUCGAUGAUGCGUUAACAUGUAAGGUCGCAGUGUGUGGCACUGCCAUGUUGCCAGGAGUUGGUGUAUUCGGCACGGGCAGCACAGCCCGAGUGCUGGUCCCGUUGUUGAAAGCUGAAGGCUUCGAGGUUCAUGCAGUUUGGGGGCGAAGUGAAGAGGAAGCGUGCUGCUUGGCAAAGGAGCUUGGCAUCCCAUUUCACACCAGCCGAUCUGAUGACGUCCUGCUGCACCAAGAUGUCGACCUUGUUUGCAUCUAUAUUCCACCCUCAAUGACGAGGCAGAUUGCUGUCAAAGCACUGGGUAUAGGUAAGAAUGUUCUGUGUGAGAAAGCUGCAACUGCUGUGGAUUCAUUCAAGAUGGUGACUGCUGCCAGAUACUACCCACAGCUGCUAAGCGUUAUGGGUAACACCCUGCGCUUCCUGCCAGCUUUUGGGGCAAUGCGCCAGCUGCUGGUGGAGGGAUAUGUUGGCGAAAUGCAGGUGUGUGAUGUCCGAGUGUAUGGCCCCAGCCUCCUGGAUCAGUCGUACGGCUGGACAUGUGAGGAGCUGAUGGGAGGAGGCGGACUGCACACUGUCGGCUCUUCCGUCAUUGACCUUUUAAGUUACCUAACCAGUGCUCGAGCCCACCGUGUUCAUGGCUUACUGCGAACCUUUGUACAACAGAAUGGUUUGAUCCGAGGCAUCCGCCGCGUCACCAGCGAUGAUUUUUGCUUCUUCCAAAUGUUGAUGGGUGGAACUGGGUCUCGCUCUGGUGGCGUGUGUUGCACCGUGACCCUGAACUUCAACAUGCCAGGGUCAUUCGUGCACGAGGUUAUGGUAGUCGGAUCCACUGGGAGACUGAUUGCCAGGGGGACAGAGCUAUAUGGUCAACGCAAUGGGAGUAAAGGUGAGGAGCUGUUGCUAGGCGACAGUGGGUGGGUGGGGCCAGAGGUGAAAGAGAUGCCCCUGCCUCACCUGCAGGGGCUGAGCUCCAUGGUAAAGGCACUGAGACAGUCUUUUCAGGCUCACGAGGAGCGCAGGUCAUGGGCUCGAGGACCUGUUGCCAUGGCACCGACAUUUGAGGAUGGUCUGUAUGUGCAGACGGUGGUCGAGGCGGUGAAACGGUCCAGCUGUAGCGGAGAAUGGGAGUGUGUUGAGAUCAUGAGUGAGGAGCCAGAUCCGAAUCACAACCUGUGUGAGGCUCUGCAGAGAAAUAAGAACUAAAUGUAUUUAUAAACCCAGUGCAACUACUACAUGUGUCUGACAAAACUGGGCUCUGAAUGUUUUCCCUUUAAUUCAGCUGGUGAGGCAGUUUACAUUACUCAUGACUACUUUUUGCAUUUUCACAUUUUGAGCAGAAUAUUUGUGCUUUAGAAAACAUAACUGUGUUGUGGAUGUUUGUAUCCCUCACAGAUAUGAUUUUUUUGUACACUAAAUUUCUUAACUGCAGCUCCAUUAUUCUGAUUCUCAACAGAAAAUAUUAUAAUAGCUGUGUCAAAAUCUACCUGUGCCCCGUUUACAUGUUUAUCUUUACCAUGCCAAAAAGUAGACACAGUCUUUAUUCUCACUCAAGUUUAAAGUCAUCGAGUCAUGACUGCAAAUUUCCUGCUUAAUAAGGUUGAUACUCGUCACCUGUAUAUACUACAUCACCUGUCAACAAGGCACCACACCUAUGUCAAAUAUUGGCCAAGAGCAAAAGUCAAAAAGCAACCUUUCAGUGGCCGUCUGACCAUUUCCUUUAUCCUCACUUCACAGCGUGUCUGGAUACAUGUCUGUAAUUUGGGAAACAUGCAGUUUGUUGUAUUUUACUGAUAUUCCUCUUUUAGUAGUUUAUUUUAUUUUAUUUUAAGUUAAGUCAACAGACCAUCAGUGGUUUAAGUGUUUCCCAGAGUUGGAUAUUAAAUGGUCUAAAAACUAAGCAUCAGCACUAACAAAGUUGUUAAGUUGGUGCACAAGCACUUUUUUCUAAAAACCCAAUUUUGGGUCAUGACCAAUUGUUGAGCUAAACCAAGCCGGGAAUUUUGUAAUUUGGCUCAAAUUAAAACCCAAUUUUAAGUGUACAUUCCAACCGAGAAAACAUUUUAAUGUCUAUUGUACAUAACAUUUAGAUGUAUUUUGGUGUUAAUUUAUUCCCAACAUGAAUAGCACCUUAUUCUAAAUGGAAGAGUUAACCUUGAACGUGAAUAGGAAAGCAUGAGGAUGAUUUGACUAACAAAACACUUUCAUUGCUUGCAGUGUGGCGACAAAUUCAAAUGUUGCCUCAUUGGAGCUCAUCCUCUUUAAAAUUCAGAAUAAGAAUAAUGGAGCUGUGCAGAGUUUUAUUUUAUUUUAGGAAUGUGUAAUAAUAAGCAUACAUUUAAAGAUUGCAAGAGGGGCUUGUAGGCUUUUAUGUUAUGAAAUGCCAUGGCAUACGUAAAAUACCAGGGAUUGAGUAAUAUAAGCUAUAAGUGAUUCAAUUCAUGCUUAAUCCUAAAUCUUUCUUUUGAGUAUCACUCACAUCCUGUAAACUAUAAAACUGUAAGAAGUUUCCUUCUUCAUAGACGGAGAAGCUAUAGUGAGCUGGAGUUCAUGACUCCUACAGUGGAUUUCAAUAGUGACCUGUUUCAUCGUGGGGGGGAAAGUAUCUGAUCCACAUAUUCAGUAUGUUCAGUAAUUUUAUCAAAGAAAUACUACUUCCAGACUUUAAGAAGCUUCAAUGAGGGUGGUUUCCUAUUGGCAAUCUACUAAACCAUUCAAACUGACUGAAAAAGGAAACAACCACCUUUUUAAUAGCUACCUGUCAAGUUUACAAAGGAUGACAUUUGAUGCUCAGAUUAUAGAUUUUAGGUGGAGUAUCACAUUAAAUCUUACAUUAGCAGAAACAGGCUUGUCCUAGAAAUUACAGAUCAGUGACCUUUUAUUGUUUAGGUGUCAAAAGUUUUAGAUACAAAGCCUAAGGAUAUUUGACAACUAAAUUUAGUUUAAAAUGUGUGUAAAAGGUUUGUUUACAUGUGUUAACCAUUGAAGUAAUUUUAUAUGUUUUUACAAGAUUUUGUAUUUAAACUUAUUACAGAUGUUUAAAUCAAAAGAGUGGAGCCUGCCCUUCAUCCUAAAACCUUACUGAUAUUUUCAUUGAGUAGAACCACUGGAUCUGACGUGCGCGAGAGUUUAAAUGUGUGCCUCUCUAAUUGCUCAGACCAAGAGAAGGAAGUUUACGGUUGUUAUAGUCGCUCACUGCAUCAUAGUAAUGCUGAAUAUGCUGAAUAAUAUUGGACCACAACGCUCCUACUGCUGAGACGGGAGGUAAAUACAGAAGCAGGGUGCUGGUUUUUGAUUGGUCUGUCCCCUUCUUAGACCCAUGAAGGAUCUGCAAAUAAGGAUACAUACACGCAACACACGCUUACCUCACGCUAUCACAACAGUGCUUUACAAUUAAUCAAGUUUACAUCAAGUGUCUUUAUAAAAUACAUCACAUUUGCCUGCAGGAUGUUCGAUAACCCACCACUAUUAAAAUACAUUCCAACUGAGUUUUCACCUUUUUUCUUUUGUUUUUUGCACUGAUAACUGAUAAAAAUGCCACAUAUUUAAUAUGCUGUGUGGUGCUUGUACCAGCCGGCUUACUGCGAAAAUGAAUUUAACGUGUGUCUGUAUAAGGAAGAGUUUUUGUAUUUAUUUAUGUCUUUGUGCGGACAAAGGUUUGCAUUGUUUAUUCUGUUCCGUUUGUGUUUUCAGCCUGUGAAUUUCUGUUGUGAUAUUUAUCUUGUUUAGAUUUAGUGUUGUUUUAAUUGAUAUUAUGGCUUUUUGAGCACAAUGUGUUACAUUUAAGUUGGGGAAACUGUACUGUUCAUCUGCCUGACAGAUAUUUCCUUAAAUAAAUACAGAUGUAUUCAUUUAGUG